AUGACCGAUCAACCAAAUUUGUACAAGAUUUCCGUACCUGAUGAAAGUCUUCAAGACCUUCAGCAACGCCUAGCACUCUCCAAAUUCGCAACUCAGCUGGAGUCCUCCGAACAAGAUCCUUGGGAUUUUGGGACUCCUGUGAGAGAAGUACAGCGACUCAUAGAGUAUUGGAAGGCCGGCUUUGACUGGCGGAAGGCAGAAGCCAAAUUAAAUGAGCUGCCCCAAUAUCAAACGCAGAUUGAGGUAGAUGGAUUUGGCAGUUUGGAUAUCCACUAUGUCCACCAAAUCGACAAGAACAAGAAUGCGAUUCCACUGCUUUUUAGUCAUGGAUGGCCGGGGUCGUUCAUUGAAGUGACAAAGCUGCUACCGAUGCUAAAGGGCGACGACAAUAGUCCCGCAUUCCACGUUGUGGCUCCAUCGCUUCCCAAUUUCGGCUUCUCUUCGGGGGUGACUCGUCGUGGGUUUGGACUUGCACAGUAUGCAGAAACCCUGCACAAGCUCAUGAUCAAGCUGGGCUAUGAUCAGUAUGUGACACAGGGCGGAGAUUGGGGCUUCUGGAUUACUAGAACAAUCGGUCUGCUAUACCCGGAGCACUGCCAAGCCUCCCAUGUCAACAUGGUGCUGGCCAAUCCCCCUCGAUUUACCGAGAACCCAUGGUUAGCCCUGCAGCACGCAUUACUGCCGUAUAGUGACCGGGAAAAGGCAGGCAGCGAGAGGAGUGAAUGGUUCGAACGAGAAGGCUACGGUUACAAUCAACUCCAGAGCACCAGGCCGCAGACUAUUGGCGCGGCACUAGAAGAUAGCCCUGUUGCCUUGUUAUCCUGGAUUUACGAGAAGCUGCAUGACUGGACAGACUCAUAUCCCUGGACCGACGACGAGAUCCUAACCUGGAUAUCUAUCUAUUGGUUUUCUGCAGCCGGCCCCGCGGCGAGUGUUCGCAUAUACUAUGAAGCCUUUCACGCCGAGAUGGUCGAGGGGAAGUCAUACAAGGAGUUGAUUUCGUACAUCCCGCGUGUGAAGCUGGGAAUCGCGCACCUCCCUCGGGAAAUCUCCAUCAUUCCUUGCUCUUGGGCUGCUGGCCUGGGCCCGAUUGUCCAACAGAACGAGCAUCCCCGUGGAGGUCACUUUGCCGCUUGGGAGGUUCCAGACUCUAUCGUUCAGGACGUGCGGGCCAUGUUUAGCAAGAAUGGUCCUUGCUACGGAAUUGUUUCGGGCAAAGAUGGACAUUAA